UAUGUUAUAAUAUAAUAAUAUGAUGUUGAAAUAUUUUUUAAACAUUUACUGGUUUUUUUUUUUUUUGUAUUGAAUAAGUGGUUUAAAUGAUUUUUGGUUUAUUGAUAGAUGAAAGAUGAUGGUGUUUUUAUUUGGGUUUGUCUAGUUUGAAUUGCAUAAUAUGAAUUAAGAGAAUCUAAAAAUCUUAUCUUUGUUGAGUGGAUGUCCACUUAUUUUACCUUUUUCAAAGUUUUUGUGCCUUUCCAUUUCAUGAACGGUAAUCGUUAAGCUUAAUUUUGUCAAACCAAUUUACAAUUCACAAACAAAAACAGAUCUUUACUUGAAUUUAGUAAGAAACGAAGAAAAGUUAAUAUCUUUUAGAGAGAAAGGACUACAAAGGAAGGAGGAAGAGCAUGAGAUGGGUUUGGUUUAAUAGAUGCUUUAAUAUGUGCUUAAAGAUUUGUUAAGUGUCUGUCUCUUGUCUUUUUCUUUUAUUCAAAGUCUUUUCUUUAUUUUUUCUCUUCUCACCUCCUCCUUCAACUCAACACCAAGUCCCAGAUGAAUAAAUAUUAAAGAAUGAAUAAUAAACAAUAAAAAUUUUUGAGGUGUUAAUUUUAAAGGUAAGCAAACCCAAUGUCAAUAUCUUGUUUCUUGAUUUUAUAUAUUUUUUAAUCCUUCACACAUGGUUAUUCUUAGUCUUAAAUGUUUGCAGUCUUUUGCAAGAUACAAGUAAAAAGAGACUCUAAUCUACAGUUGACAAAUUAGCUUGUGAGAUAUUAGAGAGGUUGGAGGGCAACUUUUUGCACCGCGUGGAUAGGGAUUUUGAUAGAGGAGAUGUCAGCAGCAGUUGCAGUGCCAUUUAGAGCAGGUAAUUCAGUUUGUGAUAACCCAACUAUAGCUCUCCGAUUGGAUAUCAAAAGUCUUCAGGUGAUGGACGACACAGCUGACUUGUUAUCUAAUUCUGUAACUAAGGUUUCUGCCCAGUCUGUUGCCUGUGGACACAAGAGUUUUAAUUUUAGUGAUUUGGGAAAUGAAGAUAGUAAUAUAGAAGGGGUGGUGCCAGAAGAUGAGAAAGUGGGAAGAGUACCUUUGUUGGAUAUGAUAUCUGAAAAUAAAAGUAAUUGGAUUGGUAGUGAUGAAGUUAUCAACCAGGGAUGUGAGGAAGAUGAUUCCUUAUCGUUGGAGGGGGAUCAGAUUUUGGAUAGCUGUUCACUUUCAGUGGCAAGUGAGACUAGUAGCUUAUGUGGAGAGGACUAUUUGGGUUUUGAGUCUACAUCUGAGGUAGGAACAUUGAGUUCAAUUGACAUCGAGAAGAGCAUUUGCAGUGUAGACAUCAUUGCUAAGGCCAAUAAUUUAGGGGAGUCAAAUGUUGAGAGUGAGAUAGUAAGUGAUGCCCUUGCUGUGCCUGUUACCAUUGAGGAAGAGAUUGGAGAUGGGUCCAACCAAAAGCCAUCUUCAAUUCUUCUUCAAAUGGCUUUUGCAAAAGGGGUGAGUGGAACUAUCGGAUGUAGUGUAUUUGAGGUGGAUUAUGUGCCACUUUGGGGAUUCAGAUCCGUGUGUGGAAGGAGACCUGAGAUGGAAGAUGCUGUUGCUACUGUGCCUUAUUUUUUAAAAAUUCCUAUUCAAAUGCUAACUGAUGACCAGGAACUUGAUGGCAUGAGCAAGCGAUUUAGUCAGCAGACUGCUCAUUUCUUUGGUGUCUAUGAUGGCCAUGGAGGCUCACAGGUUGCAAACUAUUGUUGUGACCGUGUCCAUUAUGCUCUAGCUGAGGAGCUAGAGCUUGUUAGGAAAUGCUUGAGUGAUGGAAGUGCGAAAGAUGGUAGCCAAGAGCGAUGGAAAAAAGCAUUCACUAAUUGUUUUCUUAAGGUUGAUUCUGAAGUUGGAGGAAAAGCGGGCCAAGAGCCUGUUGCCCCUGAAACUGUUGGUUCUACCGCUGUUGUUGCCAUUGUUUGUGCAUCCCAUAUUAUUGUGGCAAACUGUGGAGACUCUAGAGCAGUUUUAUAUCGUGGGAAAGAGCCCAUGGCUUUGUCUGUGGAUCAUAAACCAAAUCGAGAAGAUGAAUAUGCAAGGAUCGAAGCAGCUGGAGGCAAGGUUAUACAGUGGAAUGGGCAUCGGGUAUUUGGUGUUCUUGCAAUGUCAAGGUCCAUUGGUGAUAGAUAUUUGAAGCCUUGGAUCAUUCCUGAGCCAGAAGUAAUGUUCAUUUCACGAGCAAGAGAAGACGAAUGCCUGAUUCUAGCCAGUGAUGGUUUAUGGGAUGUCAUGACAAAUGAGGAGGCAUGCAAUUUGGCGAGGAAACGAAUACUUGUUUGGCACAAAAAGAAUGCUGUUACACUUCCCUCACAACGUGGUAAUGGGGCUGACCCUGCUGCCCAAGCAGCAGCAGAGUACCUUUCAAAUCGCGCUCUCCAAAAGGGAAGCAAAGAUAACAUCACUGUAAUCGUGGUGGAUCUGAAAGCUCAUAGGAAGUUCAAGAGCAAAACAUGAUGGUCUGGCGUCUCUUUCUCUGCUGCUGAUAUUAGCGAAUAUAGUUUUUGGCCAAUCUUUUUUCAACUGGGUUUAAUGGCUUAAUCAGAUUAUCAAAUAGACCUCUUUCUUUCAUUGUUCAAGGGAUUAAAGUAACUCUUGGCUUUGUAAAUUUCAGUUGUUUGUGGUGGAAUUGUAGCCUCCGAGCGAAGUUGCUCUGUGAGGCAAUUACUUUGAACCUCUUGGUUAUUUAAAAAAAAAUGGCUUUAAGUUUUGAGCCCUUAAUGUUA